GGUGAAAGCAUUGAUACGACGUCGUUUGGUCAAAAUGACCGACAGACGAACUUCAACCGUAAUUUUUAUUUUAUGUGCUUUUGGAGUAUCAAGUAUUUUAGCUGCUUCCAAAAAUAUACCAAAAUGGAAAAAACAGGUAAACAUUAUUAGUACCUAACAAGUUAAUAUGUAUAUAAGUAUUAAGUUUAUGUAGGUAUUUAUAUUUUAUCAAAUAAAUAUAUAUAGAACUGUUAUACUUCUAUUGUUUCGUGUUUUCAUAAAAAUUAAAAAUGUAAAUUGUGAACUUUUGUGGAUGUCGUUUCAAUGUUUUUGUAGAAUUGAUUUUCAAUGAAAAACAAUUACAUCUUAAGCGAAACAAUAAGAGCUCAUAUACCUAUAAACUGACUUUCUAAUUAUAUGAUUAUCGUCGGUCACGUUGUAUAUGACACUGGCUAAGUCCGUGAUCAGAUCUGGUAGCCUAGUGACCUACUAUACAUAUAAAGAAGGAUGUAUUAGCCGAUGUUUCGAUUUGUGGAUCAUAUAAGUAAUAAUACAUGUACCAGGUACCUAACCUACCCAUAUUCUAAAACGCUCAGGUUUCGUACAACGGUAAAAUUGAUAACCUAUAUUAACGGAUACCUAUGUAUACACCAUAAGUUAAACGAAUUGUUACACACAACAAUUUUCGUUACAAAAACGUAUAUAUAUUACGAGUAUAAUGAGUAUACACUGAAAUAUUUUUGUGACUUAUAUAAUAUACAAAAUAAUUAAUCGUUUAUGGAAUAGCAUAAAAACAUAUUACUUGUACUCAGUAUUUUUAAACAUUUUGAAUUCCUAUACCAUAACAAAUUCAAAUUCUUAUAAAUUGUAAAAACUUUUAUCAGACAUAUUGUAAAAAAAAAAAAAAUAUAUUAAUAUGAUGCUCUAUUAGAAUUAGAAAGUAUAAAGAAAGCAAUUAAAUUAAAUAUUGGUAUAAUAAAAUUUACAAACCGAUUAUUGCUGCUUGUACGUAUGAUAAAAAUAACUCGAUAGUUGAAUCUUAAAAAAAAAAAAAAACAAUAAAUACGAGUUUGAGAGUUAAACCAGUCAUCAACGGAUGGACAUUAACAUUUAACAGUAAAAUUAUUUAUCACAUCAUAAUUUAUGUAUAUAUAUAUAUAUAUAUAUUAUAUAUAGUUAGGUACUUAUUAUAUUAUAACCACACACCUACGAGUCUUAAUAUUACAGUUACAGUUGUAUGUAUAAGGGGGUACUUUGCAUAUAUUAUUAUUAUAAUAGUUAUUAUACAAUUCACCGAAUUAGUGUCUAGUUUAAACAUGUUUUUGAGCUUUAAAUUCUUUAAAAAAUAACAAAUACAAAUAAAAAAUUACAAAUCAUCGGAUUUCUAAUUUCAAAAAUAUAACAAAAGUUCAUCAGAUUUCUUAAAUAUUUAACCAAUGAAUAUGUAUUAUGUUUGUUUAAAUAUUUAUUUAAUUAAUUAAUAACAAGAAACUAUAUUUAAUACAUAUUAUAUAAAAAAAAAACUUAACUUUGUUAAAUAGUAUCAUAAUAAUUAAUCAUAAUUAUUGUUAUUGUGACUUAUUUAUUUUGAAGUCAUGCAUGUUUUAACGAUUGAAAAGUGAAAUCUGAUUUCUAUUCGUGUACACGGAAAAGAUGGUUUUACAAAUAUAUAAUAAUUAUUUAUUGUUCGCUCUUUAUUAGUUUUAUUUAUUUUUUUUUCAAUAACUCACAAAUAACAGUCGACGAAUCAUAUGAUAAUUGCAAUAAUAUUAUGCUAAGCAUCAACAAAUUAAAAAAAAAAAAAUGUUUUAAUAUAAAAUACCAACUACAUUAAACCGAAUAUACGUAAUUACUUUCCCUCGCAGGCCUGUGAGGCGCCAGCAACGCAAAGUGAAUCAAGUCAUUACGUUUGCGACGACAAUGGCGACAUGAAAUGUCUGCCUGGAUGGAUCGGAGACCUUUGUGAUGUUCCAAUUUGUAAGAAAGGUUGUGACCCAAUUCAGGGUUACUGUAAACGACCAAAUGAAUGCCGUUGCAAGUUAGGUAAGCAGAAGACGUUACACAUCAUUAACUUGUUUACCGUACAGUCAUUUUACAAACAAUACUUGUAUUAAUAAUAACAAUGAUUUAGGUUUUUACGGAGAAAUGUGCAACAAGUGUAUAGCACUGCCUGGCUGUCAACAUGGUUACUGCAACAAUAGUUUCGAAUGCAAGUGCUUGGAAGGCUGGGAUGGCAUAUUCUGUUCAGAACGUAAUGAUGAUUUUUUAUUGAAAGUAAAGAAAAAUAUAUGGACGAUGCAUUAAAAUUAUCUAAAUGAUUUACAUGUUUUAUUUAUGUUCAACGUACUAUAGCGGUCUGUCAUGAAGACUGUCAUCCAAGUAAGGGGUACUGUGACUGGCCAGGAGAAUGUAGGUAUGUACCCAAUAUUAUGUAUUUCGUUUUUUUAUAAGAACGAUUAGAAAACAUAUUUCGAUCAUGAUGAUUGAAUGCACAGUGGUAUUUAAAGGUGAAUUGUUUUCAGGGUAUCGCGGCAAAAUAUAUAAAAAUGUGUUGGGUUUAAAGCAUCAAAUUUCAAAUGCAUGUCAUUUAUUUUGUUGCAUUUGUUUAUAAUGCAAAAGGUUAUCAGUUAAUGAAUUUAUUCAAUUUGUGAUAAUGUAUUAAUAACCCACAUAAUUAUUAUUGUUUUAACACCUUACACACUAUGUAUAUUACUAAUGAAUAUUAUAUUUUGGUAAAUAAUAUUAAUUCUCAAGGUACUAUGUAGGUAUUAUACAAAUUAAUCCAAAAUAACUACUGUAUACACCUAAAAUCUUAAUUAUUAUAAUUGUAUUAAGUCUAAUGUGGUAACUAAGUAAUAUAUUUUCUCAAAAAGUAAACAAAUAAGUAGGUACUUAUACUAACUCUCAUUUUUAAAUUGUUAAGGUAUCCUAUAUCUAUGUAAGACUAUAAUUAUUUCUUUGACCUUUAAUCUCCUCUCUUUCUAUUGUGGUAUUAGCAGAGCAAUAAUUAUGGUACAUCAUUGAGUUAGAAAAUUGAAAAUUGAUACAAAAAAAUAUAAUAUACCUACUUAUUAUAAUAAUAUGUUUAUACAAAUAUUAUGUUUAAUUAUAUUAAGUGUGUCGUAUGGAACAUAAAAUCUUUUAUUCGAUAAAAAGAAAAAAUAGUAUUAGAAUUAAAAUUUAAAAUGUAAUACUAUUAUUAAAAUUAAAAUGUCUAUACAUAGAUUAAAUUUUACCAGUCUAGAAAAGUCAAACCUAAAUUUUUCUGUUAAAAUGUCAAGUCUCCACGAACAUUUUGAAAUGAAUUACAACAAAAAAACAAAAUUUAAAAUAACAAAAACAUUAUUUUUCGUAAAUUUUUCUGUUUUUUCCCAAUUAUUAUGAACUGCUUGGAAAAUAAAAAAUUAUCUCCUUAGAGUACCAGCCCAGUUAAAUUUCCUCUCAGAAAGAUUGCUAUACUUUAAAUCGGAGCGAAAUGUCUAGUAGAAAAGCUGUUCUUAGAAGAAAAAAAAUAAACAUCAUUGUAAAACCAAUACAUUUCUCAAUCCGCUUAAAAUCUAAAAUAAUACAUUUAAUCUAAACGUGUAAUAAACGUGUUGUAUUAUAUAUCUUGUCUAUCUGUUAAAAAUGGUAAAGAUGCCGUUUGGGAUGGACCGGAGAUCUAUGCAAGGAAUGUCAACCAUUACCCGGGUGUAUGCACGGAACGUGUGCUAAGCCUUUAGAGUGUCGAUGUGAAAAGGGAUGGCAAGGAAUUCUGUGUCAGAUACGUGAGUAAACAUUUAUUUAUAUUUUAUUACGUAUAUAGGUACAAAUUUCUCAUUGUAUUUACGAAUUAAUUUUAUUUUCAGCCGUGUGUUCCGAAGGCUGUCAUCGGGAUCGGGGUUAUUGUCGUAAGCCAAACGAAUGCAGGUAUAGUAUAUUUUACUGAUUUAAAAUAUUACUAUAGUCAUUAAACACUGAUUUAAUGAUAAUCGAAGGUGUAAGGUUGGAUGGUGGGGUAAGAACUGCUCACAGUGUUUCCCGUAUCCGGGUUGUGUUAAUGGAACGUGCAAUCGCCCAUGGGAAUGCAACUGUAGACCCGGCUGGGGUGGUAUGCUUUGCGAUCAAGGUAAUGAAAACCAGCCAGUUAUAAAAAAAUAUGUUUGGAAGUAAUCAUCGGUUGUAUUUUUAGAACUGAAAUACUGUGAGACUAACAACAUCACAUGUCAAAAUGGAGCCACUUGUGUAAGUCUACCCGAAGAAGACGGAAAUUAUAGGUGCCUGUGCGCUGAAGGAUAUAUUGGGCGGAAUUGUGAAGUAGAUAAAAAAAAGGUAACUUAGGCAUCCAGUUAUACAAUGCAUGCAGCUAUAGACAAUAAUUACAAUUUAUUGUAAUAAUCUACAGAUAAAUAUAAACUUACGAAAAUAUACAUUUAAUAACGGAGUUAAAAUAACUGUAAAAACAACUUUUAAGGUAUUACCAGAUAAAGUAGUUAUUGUUGUAAACUAGAUGCCUGAGGUAGGUAAUAAUGAAAAAUAAACGUUUUUACACUAUAGCCUCAGUCGAUGACAAGAAGAAUCAAUUAAAAGAAUUUACAAAAACAAAAUAUGUAAUAAUAACGACGUCAAUCAUAUUUUUGUACAAAGAUUAGGUUUAUUAUUUAUUAGCUUUUAUUAGAAUUUUAGUAGAUUUUAGUACUAUUCUCGGUAUUGUUAUUUUUUAAUAAUAUUUCACUGUUAUUUAAAUAGCAAUUGAUAAUUGAAUAUUUACCUAUCAUAUUUUUAUUUACAGGUAGAAAUCGUAGGGUUAGAACCUCCUAAACCUAGUAUGAUAUUACUAAAACCAUCAACAACCACUCCUUCGACUGUGUCUGAAGAUUUAUUACUUGAGAGUGACGAUGAAUACGAGGAGGACACUAUAAAGCCCAAUUCUUCCAUAUCAAUCGUAAACGAUAAUGAUUCACUCAAUGAAACAGUUUGAAACUAAAAGCAAUAUCAAAUAAUAUCUGUUUA